UUUCCGAAUCGAGCUCUUUCCGGUUUAAGUUGUCGUUCGUGGUGAUCGGUUUUUUCUCCGUAACUUCGUUUUCUUGUCAACGAUGACGUCCAAGGUAUCGCGUGAUACUCUUUACGAGUGUGUGAAUGGAGUAAUUCAGAACUCGCAGGACAAGAAGAGGAAGUUUGUCGAGACGGUGGAACUCCAAAUUGGAUUGAAGAACUACGAUCCACAAAAGGACAAGCGUUUCUCAGGCACCGUCAAGCUAAAGAACAUUCCUCGGCCAAAAAUGCAGGUUUGCAUUUUGGGAGAUCAGCAGCAUUGUGACGAAGCCAAGGCCAACAAUGUUCCAUUCAUGGACGCUGAGGCUUUGAAAAAACUGAACAAGAACAAGAAGCUGGUCAAGAAGCUUGCAAAGAAAUACGAUGCCUUUCUUGCCAGCGAAUCUCUGAUUAAGCAGAUUCCUCGUCUCUUGGGUCCAGGUUUGAACAAGGCCGGUAAAUUCCCUGGUCUUCUCUCCCACCAGGAGUCCAUGAUUGCCAAGAUUGACGAAGUUAAAGCGACGAUCAAGUUCCAAAUGAAAAAGGUAUUGUGUUUGUCGGUGGCUGUUGGACAUGUUACCAUGUCCCCAGAUGAAUUGGUACAGAACGUGCAUCUUUCGAUCAAUUUUCUGGUCUCACUUUUGAAAAAACACUGGCAAAAUGUGCGAUCUCUCCACAUCAAGUCUUCUAUGGGUCCACCACAAAGACUUUACUAAUCUUGUUAUUUAACACAAAGAUCAGACAAUGUUUUGUUUUUUUAAUAAUAAAAAGAAACACUGUCGCCAAAUAA